GCGCAGCCGCAGUGAGGCCGCCCCCUCCCCCACACCGUGGUCUCCGCGAGGCGCCGGCGGCACGGGCGGUGGCGGUUAUGACGGAGAGCUUCGUGCGCUCGGUGGAGCGGCGAGCCGGGUCGCCAUUGCGGCUGCGGCAGCGCGCCGUGGGCGGGGUGGGGGCCGUGGUGUGGGACGCGGCGCUCGUGCUCGCCAAGUACCUGGAGCGCGCGUGGCCGUGGCCGGGCGGCGGGAGCGCGGAUGGUGGCGGUGGCGGCGGCGCCGGGCCCGUGGCCGUGGAGCUGGGCGCCGGCACCGGGCUGGUGGGGCUGAUGGCCGCUGCACUCGGGGCAAAUGUCACAGUCACAGAUCUUGAAGAGUUGCAAGAUUUACUCAACGUAAACAUCAAUGAUAACAAGCACUUGGUCACUGGUUCUAUCCAAGCCAAGGUACUUAAAUGGGGUGAGACUGUCACAGACCUUCCAUCUGACCCAGAUUACAUCCUUGUGGCAGAUUGUAUUUAUUAUGAACAGUCCUUAGAGCCAUUGUUGAGAACGAUUAAAGAUCUUUCAGGAAACAAGACCUGCAUCAUAUUAAGCUAUGAAGAGAGGACAAUGGGAAACAACCCUAAAGUCGAAAAGCGUUUUUUUUUUGAGCUUUUGCAGACUGAUUUUGAAAUAGAAGAGAUCCCACUGGACAAGCAAGAUGAGGAAUACAGAAGUGAAGACAUUCAUGUUCUCCACAUCAGACGGAAAAGUCGCCGUUAGGAAUGUUUACCGUGAACUAAAUCACCAAGUUGGUUUUACUCUUUGACACGAGCGUAUCCAAAAUAAAAAAGUGGAAUCCUGGUGUAAUAAUAAUUCAUGUGUUGUUGUAUCAACUGCACAAGCACGCGUUAAUGACAUGUUUUUACAGCCAUUGGCAGUGGUAUUCGGCCCUCUGGAUAUCCCAUCUGCUUUUCUGUCUGGUCGAAUAUCCUUGUAUUGUAAUAUUUUUCCCCCUUGGCCCAUUCUUAGUCACGCGUGUGACCAAAAAUAUGAAAAGUUGUGGAAUACUAAUGCAUUACAGGUAUAUUGUUUUGUGCUGUGUACAUGAUUCUUUUUUAUUUAUUUUUUUGAAGUUUAUCAAGUGAAAUUUUUGUUAUGCUGACAAUAUUUGUUUAGGGUCAGAGGUCAAAUACAGAACCAUUUUUUCCCCAUAACUCAGUUUUAUCUUACAAACUGUGAAUUUAAAAAAAGCUAAAAUGUUCAUAUCUUUAGCAGACAUGCACUAUAAGUUCUGUAGGUAGGAAAAUAGCAAUGAAUAAGAUUGAUCUCUUGCGCCAGAAAUUUUAAUGUAUUACUUUAUGUGGCGCCAUCUGGUCACGUGUGUGACAUUUUGGUUCACUUCCCAAAGAAUUGCCCCCUUGUGAAGUAAUCAGGUUGCAUGGUUCCUGGUGCAGCUGCUGCUUUAGCUUUGACCGUUGAGUUCAUGUGUACAAUAACUACACAGAUGCUCCCCGAUUUACGAUGCUUUGACGUACGAUAUGUUUUGACUUUACGACAGUGCAAACGCUGGGCAGCGGCAGCGAACCGCAGCUCGCUGCCAGUCACGUGAUCACAUUGUAUUAAAUGCCUUUUCGACUUACAAUAUUGACGAUUUACGAUGGAUUUAUUGGAACGUAACCCCCCAUCAUAGGUCGAGGAGCAGCUGUAUAUAAAAGGAACCGCAGGGUGGGCAUCUGGUUAAUGCUGGUGGGUCAUGAACAGUUGAGCUUUCUUGUCUCCCAUUGAGUCCAGAUGUGAAUGUUAUGGAAUGUUUAUUUGUCUGGCUGACAGAUCUCUUGUCCCUGUGAUAACAUUUUUCUCUUUUAAUCGUAAGAGAUAGGAGUAGAAUUAAGCCAUUCGGCCCAUCAAGUCUACUCCGCCAUUCAAUCAUGGCUGAUCUGUCUCUCCCUCCUAACCCCAUUCUCCUGCCUUCUCCCCAUAACCUCAGAUACCCAUACUAAUCAACAAUCUAUCUAUUUCUGCCUUAGAAAUAUGGUGCUCAAAAUGGCUCACAAUGGCUCAAAUUCUAAAUGCAGCCUGACCAGCGCCUCAGCAUUGCAUCCCUGUUUUUGUAUAUAAGCCCUCUUGAAAUAGAUGUUAGCAUUGAGUUUGCUUUCUUACGUUAUAUUAAAUUUUUUAAACUGAAUUUAAAAAAGGUCUUUGGAAAAGCCACUGAAUGGGUUUAUUGUUUAAUCACCACUGAACUACCUCGCAGAAAUGCAGAAGUCCAUCGUUUAUUCAAUAACUUAUCAGAAAUAAUCUGAAAUUUAAUUUCUAUCAUUUUUAACUUUAAUUUGCAUAACCUGUACUUUAAUUUGAUCUAUAUCUCUGCAGUCAUGAUUCUAUGCUAACUUUAUGCUGCAAAUGUUUACCAUUAUCAAACCUUUGUUCAUUUUGUAAUGCACACGUACUCAAAAGUAUAAGUGAUCAACAAAGCAAAAACAUCUGGUAUUAUGCUACAUUUUUCUUUUGCCCAGCAACAACAAAUAUCCAUGUUCAAACAGAUCAGAUGUUAUAAAAGCGAGUUAAUUUUCCAUUGGUUAUUCUUGGGUUUAGUAUCUUUAUUUGCCUAAAGGAACUGUAUAUUUUCAAACAUGUAUGUUAAAUGUAUUUGACAUUUGUCCUUUACAGAUAUUGGCAAAUUUAUAUCAGACAGGGAUUCAAAAUGUUGGAGGCUAAAUGUUGUCUUCAAGUAGUCACUUGUGUAGAGGGAGCUCCAAUUACUUCUGAUUUAACAAUGCUUCAUACUUUUAUAUUCUCAUAUAAUAAAGGAGGAGGCUAUUUGUCCCAUUGAAUCUUU